GGCGCGCAUGUGUUUUGCUACACGCAUGUAAAGAUUUUCAUUCCUCUCUGACGUCGGUCUGCUCCGAGAUUUUCAGUUCUUCGGUCGUAUCGUGUGUGCUGUUAUUUUCCUAUAUUUCAGCUAAAGUUUCCCCUGUUUCUCACUUAUCAGCUUUUGUUUAUGAUCUGUAAUCUUUCAUAGCAGUUUUCAACGUUGUUCUGCCCCCAGGAUGUCCGACGAUGACUGCCCACCACUUUGCGAGAUGGAAACGGGUGGCGAUUCCAACGGCGAGGAAGAGGAAGCAGACGAAUGGGAAGUCGCGGAGGAACAAAACGAUCCGGUGCGAUGCUUGUUCUGCGAACAAAUUUCGCCCACUAUGACGGUAGCCAUUCGACAUUCCCGGGACAAGCACGAGUUUGAUCUGGCCGAAGUACGUCGCCGGUAUCACCUGGAUGAGUAUUCAUACAUCAAAAUGAUCAACUACAUCCGCCUGGAGAAACCAGACCCUGGAGUGUUUAAAACCGGCGGAAAUGUUUUCUGGUCCGAUGAUAAAUAUCUCAAGCCAGUUGAGAACGAAACUUGGUUGAUGUUCGACUUGGAUGAAUUGGACGAGAUAAUGUUGAAUGGAAAUGGAAGUGAUAAGGCAAGAGAGAAUGGUAACGAAAUUGGCGAAACGAUGACUCUGACGACCGAUCAGUACCGAAAGCUGCAUGGGAUUAUCAAUGAGCUGACGGCACAGCUCAGAGAAAAAGAGAAUCUACUGCAGCAUGCUGCUGGUGACAUCGAGAAGAUGAAGGAGAGCUUCCGCAAUCUGCUGGAACAACAGAACGAGCAAACAGCUGUCUGUAAGAAACGGUGUUCGGAUGAUAAAAUUGCCCUCAUCAGGGAGGAACUGAAGCACUGCGUUAGCGGUGUGGCUGUUGAAGAUGAUCAGAGCUAUUUUAAUACUUAUUCGCAUUUUGGAAUUCAUCAUGAUAUGCUUAGUGACUAUGUUCGUACUGCAAGCUAUCGAGAUGCCAUUCUGAACAACAGUGUCAUCUUUCGAGACAAAACCGUACUUGAUUUGGGUUGUGGUACCGCGAUUCUUUCCAUGUUUGCUGCCAAAGCAGGAGCGAAGGAAGUGAUUUCGGUCGAUCAGUCGGAUAUUAUUUACCAGGCGAUGGACAUUGUACGGCGGAAUAAAAUCGAUAACAUAAAAUUCGUCAAAGGUCGGCUUGAGGACUGCGAGUUACCGGUGGAAAAGGUAGACCUUAUCGUUUCUGAAUGGAUGGGAUAUUUUUUGCUGUUUGAGGGAAUGAUGGAUAGCGUGAUUUAUGCCAGAAAACAGUAUCUAAAGGAAGGGGGAAUCAUUCUGCCGAACAGAUGCAAUCUUAGUUUGGUUGGUUAUGGAGACACCGAGCGACACGACGAGUUUAUCGGUUUCUGGCAAGACGUCUAUGGAUUCGAUAUGUCUUGCAUGAAGAAGGAAGUCUUGCGCGAGGCUACCGUAGAAGUUUGCAAGCCGGAGCAUGUUAUUACGAACGCUAACAUAAUCGCGAACUUCGAUCUGAUGGAGGUGGAUGUUGAUUGUCCGAACUUUGAUUAUAACUUUGAGUUAACAGUCAAACGCAACUGUAAGCUCACAGCGCUGGUCGGUUAUUUCGAUACAUUCUUCGAGCUGCCGGAACACGUGGAAUUCUCGACGUCGCCCUACACCAAGCCAACGCACUGGAAGCAGACUAUCUUUUACGUUGAAAAGCCAAUUCCGGUAGAGGAAGGGCAAGUGAUUAAAGGUAAGUUUAUUUGCCGACGUGACCCCAAAGAUGCCCGGUCACUGUUUAUUACAAUCGAGUAUUUGAAUAAGGUUCACAAGUACACGUUAAACUAGCAGAUAGGAAUAUUAAUUCUACUUAACUAAUCGGAGUAGAGAAUUUAAGCAACUUAAAGCUUUAAGUGGCCGCACAGCCCCAGUCUGACGAUUGACACAAGGAUUUCAAAUUUAUUCAAUAAUUACAGCUGUUUGGUAACGGUUAAUACGGUGGUUGUGAGAGUUUAGAGUGAAGCUGUGACACGUUAAACAAAAAAAAAAAUAAGACAGGCAAACCAAUCUUACUGCCUUGACGGAAUUAGUUUCCCUAUAAACCAUGCUUUAAUCUAGCCCCCUUCUAAAGGUUUUUUCUCAACAAUCGACCAAGUUUUGUAGUGCUCAGCAGAGCAGACGAAAAAUACACACACACACACACACAAACACUAGAGACAAUCAGUUUUAGUAGGCCCAUAAAAUCUCACGAUAGGUCCUAACUUUACUAAUCCUAAUUAGUUGAAGUAGAAACUAGGAAGCCGGUAUAAAAAAAUUCCCAACAAAAGCGGAUCAACCGGAAAGCUUUAAUUUUAAAACAAUCCAAAAUUUUGUACACAAAACGUUUCAUCCUUCGAUAAAAAUAGUAUUUUUGAUACAAACGGUAAUGAAACCUUAGUUGGUACUUUAGAAAACGUUUAUCUAAUUAGGACCGGAAUUGUCAUGCUUCCAAUGAUAGUAUAAAAAUCUAUGCUUAAAACAAACUACGAUAAAAUUAUAAAUAAUAUAAAUUUUUCUUAUCGGUAAACUACCGAAUAACGUCUGUAAAAAAAAGGAAUUUAAACUGCAUGAAAUGGUGAAAUUACUAUCGAACAUAUCGUAAGAUUACACAACGUUAAAUAUUCGCGUCGCUUUACACUAGAUUGCGUAGGCCUAGCAGGCAUGGGGAAAACACAGCACACCAAAGCGCGUUGGGCCCAUCUGCUAACAAACACACCACGCAGGGCUAUUCGUAAUACCCUCCGUCGCUAGCUAAAGACAAAACACUGGAAAGCCAUUCGUGAACACGCGAGCCGAGGGUUUCUUAACUUCGGCACAUGAGGCAACCGAGGGCUCGCAGUUUCGGGGAACACACAAGCAUUGGUCGCCACGACGAGAUCGAAAAUGGUAUAAGGCUAUUGACAUACUGAGGCGUCAAAUGAAGCGAAGCAAGAAGCGUCGCAAAAGCGUCCGAGCUACUUCUUCGAACGUCUAUAUAAAACGCUCAAACCGGUCACACUCAAGCGGCAACGACGCGUCGGUAGAGGCGGCGAAACAGAACGAGUAGUGUUUUGACGCGCGUAUACUUACGCGGUAAUACCUUGUUCAGACAAAAUCUUUCAUCGCGAGGUGCUUUACAUUUGCUUUGUUUUGGUUUGGUAAUUGAAAAAAAGCAAAUAGAAUACAUUUUCGGUUAACAAAAUGUUAAAAUGUAUGAAAAAUGUUAGUUCAGUAAUACCAUGUUCAGACUAAACCUGAUAUCGCCAGGUGCUUUUUAUUCGUUUUAUUUUGGUCUCAAAUAUAGAAAAUAUCGGGAAAAAUUUUCAGGUCGUCAGGAAAAUAACACUGGUAUUUUUGAUUGAUAUUGCAUGCCUAACAUACUGAACAGAUAUCAUAAACUAGUUGAACGUUACUUGGGGUCAGCGGGUAUAAAAUUUAGAAUAAUUUCUUAUUUUUUUUACUACGUCUCUGGCGCAACUGACUUCAGAAAUAUUAUUUUACUUCAUGAAAAAAUCUCUAUGUUUACUUUUUUAGUGAUUUACUGUGCUUGAAGCAGCAAACAAAUCUUCAAUGGAAGAAUUCAUAUUUCCUUUAAACGAAACCGCUGCUGGAAUCUAGGAAUAUGACAACACAACGCAUUUGCAUCGCUCGCUCCAGUCGCUCCAGUAUGUCAUAGGAAGCUUCACUCAACGCUUCUGUUUAUUCCGCUUCUCAAACGCUCAACGCUUCGCUUCAUUUGACGCCUCAGUAUGUCAGUAGCCUAAUAUUGGAAAGCUUGACGGUAGUCAACGCAUACAACCACCUGCAAUAUUUUUUUCAUAUGUACUUUUGUGAAAUGCGUUUGAGAAAACACGUGUUAGCAAGCGGGCUUCCGAGGGCUCACGAUAUCGGGAACACUCGGGCAUGUGUUUGCCGAAGCUUCUGAAGGGCUGUUUUAUUUAAAACACUGUGGGUUUCGGUUUUGUAUAAGCACUGAAGGGCAAUGAAAAACCCUUCGUGGCAUCGCCUAAAACACACACGCAAGUGGUGUGGUGGGUUUGGACAUGCCCUAGCCACCUCUAGACAGAGAUUGCAUUGUAACGUUACUUGUAGAUAGGAGAAAAAUGAAAUGAAACACAUUCUUACACUUACACACAAUCAAGAAUAAUGUACUGGAAUUUAAGAAUAAACACGCAUUUAAUGAAUAAUUACCAUCAACUUUACAAUCGUAAACUAAAUACAAAUAAAAUACAAUCUAUGCUGUAUCAUAUUUGCGGGGAUUGGUCGAAUUAUUUCUAUUGCCUAAAAGUUAUUAAAAUAGUUGUUUCUUUUUGAGCUUUGUUGGUAAAUGGUUGGCUUUCAGUAGUCAAGUGACGUUAAAUAAAAGGGCACUGAAUAUUUUGAAUUGAGAUUGAAAAAACUGUCUUCAUAACAGAGCUUAAAUGAUAAAGGCCAGGACAUUUAUCGUAUGGAAUAGUCGCUUAAUGGAAUUGGGUGUUGCAUUCACAAUUAUCAAGUGAUGUAACUUACGUCGUAGAAUCAAGAACUGUAGUACGAAUGUACUAAUCGACAAAAAAACGAACGUAUUAAUACGAUUGGAUUAAACUUAAUUGAGAGAGUCAUGUACAUGUUAAAAACAUCUCCACGCCAAAUAGCAAAUCAGAUUUUAAUUUGAAUGGAACUCUGUUGAUAUUUCUAUUAUCAGACAAGGUUUUUCCUCAGAGGUAACUUUUCAAGAAUAUAUAAUCACAAAUUCAUGUGCGGUUGAAAAAUCAUUCCAAUUUGAUUUUACGUAUCUCGUGCGACUUCUUAUUGCAGUACGAGUAAUUUCGUUUAUUUCGUGUUAUGCUACAGCAACUACGUUACCAUGGUUUCAUUUCAAUAUGCUUUAUGCCAUUAUAUGUAUUAUAGAAAAGACAGCUUCAAACAAAGUUAUGGUCUAUCAAAACGCGCUCAUUACUUGUAAUUUGUGAUACCUUUCAAGAUAUGCAAAGUAGAGGAGAACCAGUGCAAGCGCUAAACAUGCCUGCGGUUAAAUAAAGCAAGCUUAUGAGCUUCCUAAUAACUCACGAGAAAGAACUGUCGUACAACUUAAAUGAAUUUUUUUCUUAAAAAGUUAUUCCUAAGGCUAAAAUAAUCAAAGUUUCAUUCAAAUCUAAAAGCCAAUAGUAAGCUUAAAAUGUUCUAUUAAAAGCUGAGCUACACAGAAACAAGAGGACCCUCGUGUAUAGGAAUUUACGAAGAUUUUACUGAGCAUUGUCACGCAUCGGAGCUAUUAUAUUAUACCCUUAAUACGCUCCGCCUCUGCUUAGAGCAGUAGGCACAAUCUCGCAUCACUUUUCAGUGCAUUAAAUUCCCUUUAAUUAAAAACAGUUAAUAUUUCGGCUACAUGCUA